CGAGGCGGCGGCGCGAUGGGGCUGCGCGCGGGAGGAGCCCUGGGCAGGGCCGGGGCGGGCCGGGGGGCGCCCGAGGGACCCGGGGCGGCGGGCGGCGCGCAGGGCGGCAGCAUCCACUCGGGCUGCAUCACCGCGGUGCACAACGUGCCGCUGAACGUGCUCAUCCGGCCGCUGCCGUCUGUGCUGGACCCGGCCAAGGUGCAGAGCCUCGUGGACACGAUCCGGGAGGAUCCCAACAGUGUACCCCCCAUCGACGUCCUCUGGAUCAAAGGGGCUCAGGGUGGUGACUACUUCUACUCCUUUGGGGGCUGCCACCGCUACGCAGCCUACUGCCAGCUGCAGCGAGAGACCAUCCCUGCCAAGCUCGUCCAGUCUACCCUAUCGGACCUGAGGGUGUACCUGGGUGCUUCCACACCAGACUUGCAGUAGCAGCCUCCUUGGUACCUGCCACAACGCCCUGAGAACCCAGAAGACACACCCGGCCUCCAGCUGCCUAGGCCAUGCACCAAGACAAUGUCCUGGCCCUCAAGAUCUGGGGGAAGAGGUGAUAGGGCAGAGGACGGGUCUCCCCAAGGACUGGGCCCAGUUCAGUCAAGGCAUAUCUCGUCCAUCUGCAGUGGUAGAACAGGGGUGGGUAGGCUUCUGAAAACCAAGAGUCCAGGUGCGUGUGGGGGGAACUAGGGGAAGGGUGCAGAAUGAGGCAGGCCUCGCCCUUACUGCUCUGCUAAGGGCAUUUGGUCACUUUUGUGUUCAACCCUAAGCUUCCCCAGCUCAGUAAUGGGGACAACAACAUUCCACCCAUUCUCUGUCCCAGGGAAAGAUGACAGAGGUGACCAAUAGAAUUUACAAGAGAUGCAGCACUAAAUGCAGUGUGGCACCCUGGAUUGGAUCUUAGAACAAGAAAGGAUGUUAGUGGAAAAUUUGGAGAUCUGAAUAAGGCUUGGAUUUUAGUUAAUAGCAUGGACCAAUGUCAGUCGUAGCACAAGAUGGGGCGAUGUUUCGUCCUGUUACACAUAGGUCGCCACGAGCAGGAGCCUACUCGACAGCAACUAACAACAUAAAGUCUCGGUUUUGACAAGUGAACCAUGAUCAUGUAAGAUGUUGGCCUUGAAGUAGGCUGGGUGGAGAGUAUACCAGAAAUCUAUGUACUGUCUUUGCAACUUUUCCUAUAAAUCGAAAAUUAUUCCAAAAUAAAACUUUAUUUAAUAAAAGGGGAGGGGUGCAAUUGCUUGAGACCAAUAGUUCUCAAACUUUUGCAGUAUUAGUAUCACCUGGAGACCUUGUUAAAACAGGUUGCUGGGCCUCACCCCCAAAGUGUCUGAUGUAGCAGGUCUGGAGCGGGGCCCAGGAAUGUGCAUUUCCAACAAGUUCCAGCAGGUGAUGCUGAUGCUGCUGGACCACAAGCUGAGAACCACUGACUUAGACUCUAUCAACUAUUUUCAAAUAUGGUGAGCUCCCUCUCCUCCUCACCUGCCCUCAAUGGAGAGGAAACACCUUGGGACUGGGUCUUAGGAGAUCUGGGUUCUGAGACCAGCGUUGCAUUCGCUGUGUGGCCUUGGGCAAGCACCUCCUCUCCCUGGGCCUCAUUUUUCCAAGCUGUUAAAUGGGCUACCCCUAAACUUUGUGGGGAGGGCCAGGGAGGCUGAAGAUAUGCUUUCUAAGCUGUCAUUGCUAGGUGCCACUGUCUCAAGUGAGUAAUCCCCUCCUGCACCCGCUGGGGCUGGGAUGACAGCGUGGUCACCCCCUGCUGAAGGGCUUUUCCUUCUUGCAGAUAAGACCCACACAUGCAGUGCUAGGGGGUCUGUCACUAUGCUAGGCACUGGGAAGGGGUACAGAACAGGCUUGGAGUGGGAGGAAUUGACACUUUUUUUUUUUUAAUUGUGGUUUAGGUGAAAGUUUACAGAGCAAAUUAGUUUCCCAUUCAAUAAUUUAUACACAAAGUGUCACGUGACAUUGGUUGCAAUCCCUGCAAUGUCGGCACUCUCCCCAUUUCCGCCCUGAGUUCCUUGUUUCCAUUUGUUUGGUUUUCCCACCCCUUCCUGCCUUCUUAUCUUUGCUUUUGGGCAAAUGCUGCCCUUUUGGUCUCCCAUAGUUGAUUGUUCUAAGGAGCACUUUCCUCAGGGUGUCAUUGUUUAUUUUAGGGAUUGAUAUGUGGGGACUGUAGUUCCCACUUUCACCAGCAGGUGGCGCUCCUUUCCUGUAGUGGGAGCAGGGCGGAGCCUCUGCCCUGCAGAGCAAUGACUGUAGGGAGAAGACUGUGGAUGGAGGGGCCUGGCCCAUCAGUUGCCCAGAGAAGCUGAGGGUUCAAGCAUGGGAAGGAGGCCUAAUUAGGAGCCUGGAGCUCCAAGCCUGACCCAUCUACUCUUGCUCUGUGGCCUUGCACAUAUCAUGGCCUCUCCAGCCCUGUCUCCUUGUCUACACUGGGGAUGCUGGGCCAAAGGGUCUCAGGGUUCAGCAAAGGCAGCUCUUCUUCCAAGAAGCUUCUAGGCCUUCCAGGCCUCAGGGUUCAGCAAAGGCAGCUCUUCUUCCAAGAAGCUUCUAGGCCUUCCAGGCUGGGCCAUGUGCUUCUGGGCUUCCAUGAUCCCCUGUGUGUCCCCUCCCCAAACAAACUGCUGUCCUAGGAAUUUGGGUCCAGUGAAAGUCAGUGGGAGGGGACCCCUUGGGCCCCUCGCUGCCCUGGACCCACCUUCCUUCACUGAGGUAGAUUUAAAAAGUAUUUUUUAUUUUGCUAGUUAUAUGUGAAUGUAUUCUCCUUUUAAACAUUAAAACCCUAAAUAUUUAACAAAAUAUUGGAGGCAAGCUGAAGCUCACUGCAAGUCUCAGUCCCACUUGUCCCCUUUGCCCUCUCUCUUCCCAGGGCAACUACCUUCAUGAAUUUGGCGUAGACCCUUCUAAAUCUUCUCCUAACCUUGUAGUAGUGUAUGUGUGUGAGUAAAAAAUGUUUCCUUUUUUUACUUUAUUUUGCAGAUCGUUCCUCUCUCUGGGCAAUGUGCCCUAACCAUCAACCCUAUUAGUGUCCAUACUUUUUCCCUGGAAGUCUCCCUCAUUCUGGUCUCUGCUCAAAUGUCACUCCUCAGAGGGGUCUUCUCUGACCACAGCUUCCAAAAGACCCCCCCCCCACACACACACACUCCAUCAUUAUAUCCCUUUACCAAGUUUUGUUUUCUCCAUGAUGUUUAUCACGCUCUGAAAUUAUCUUCUGUUUGCUUAUAUCCAGCUUGCCCACUAGGAUGUAACUUCUCGAGCCAGGGGAUUGAAUUUGUCAUGUUUAUCACUGUAGGCCCAAGGCCAAGAAUGGUGCCAGAUAGGUGUUUAAUAAAUAUUUGUUGAAUGAAA